AUGUCCGCAAAGAAGUGCGUCCACAAGGGCUGCGGCAAGGUCUUCUCUCAAGACACCGACCCGUGUGUUUACCAUCCCGGCCCACCCAUCUUCCACGAGGGCCAGAAAGGCUGGAAGUGCUGCAAGCCUCGCGUCCUCACCUUUGACGAAUUCCUCGACAUCCCGCCCUGCACCACCGGCACCCACUCCACCGUCGACGACACACCAGCCCCAGCCCCAAAGCCCGUAUCUACAGACCCUCCCCCUCCUACCCGCAAACCAGUCGCCCCGGCUCGCACACCACAACCACCAACACAAUCACAAUCACAACAACCACAGCACGCACAACAACCCGCCGCGACCCCAGCGCCCCCAGACCCCGACCCCGAAACCUCAGACGACACCGACACCCUCCCCAUCCCCGCAAGCGCAACCUGCCGACGCAAAGCCUGCGGCACCCAAUACACCGGCACACGCGCCACCGACACCGCCUGCACACACCACCCGGGCUCCCCCAUCUUCCACGAAGGCAGCAAAGGCUGGACAUGCUGCAAGCGACGCGUGCUCGAGUUUGACGAGUUCAUGCGCAUCGCCGGCUGCGUCACGAAGCCGCGACACCUCUACGUUGGCUCCGGGCGGGCAAAGCCCGAGACGCUGCAGACCGUGCGCACAGACUACUACCAGACUGCCACCACCGUUAUUGCCAGUCUCUAUCUCAAGAAGAUUGACAAGGAGAGGAGUCGGAUUGAGUUCAGGGGCCCCGAGACGAUUUCGUUGGAUCUGAAGACCGGGGAGAAUAAGGCGUACAAGGCCGACUUUCCGCUGUUUGGCCCCGUUGAUGUGGAGAAGAGUAGUUGGCGGGUCGGCGUGGCCAAGUUGGAAUUCACUUUAGUUAAAGCGGAUGGCAGGAGUUGGGCUACCCUGAGGUCGGACGAGAAGGCCUCGGGCAUCUUCCAGGUGGGCAAGGCCGGGAAUGCCUGAGCUGGGCAAAAAACAUGGUGGUGUGCUCGUCGCG